CGUGUCUUAACUUGUCAACUAACAGAAGAACAACAACAGAACAGAACGCGGAGGAGGUUCCUGCGAAGGGGUGGAGGCAUGUGAUGUGACGUGCUGCUGAAAAACGGGCUCUGCUUUGGUCUCCGCUACAUCAGAGGUAAGAGACUGAAGAUCUGUGUAACGAGAAACUGUCCCUGACAGAAACAUCAGACAGACUCCGGACGCGACGCUCGGACGUUUGGCAAACGCAGCACCUCAGCACUGGAGGAACUGACUUUCAGGAGGAACAGGCGGUGCAGCUUCACUAAGGAGUGCAUCAGUCUGAUAAGCACCUGCUCUUGUCAGUGCGGCGUCACUUCUCACGUUUCUGCUUCUGUGUCUCGGCUGGAGCCAUGGAGACAUCCUCUGAUGAAGAGGAGGUGCGCACCUUCGUCCAGGGCGUCAGCGAGAAGUACAACCCAGACAAUUUCCCCUUUGGCCAAGGCCUGGGAGUGGUGGUUCUGUCCACCCCUUCAGGGUCUCCGGUCAAGGAUCGCGUCUUCCUGCCCAGUAUUCUGGUUCUGAACUCCUGUGGGAUCAGUAAAGCCGGGGACAAGUCGGACGUCGCAGCGUUCUGUGCUCACGUGGUCGAGCUGGACCUGUCCCACAAUCAGCUCAAUGACUGGGGAGAGAUCUGCACCAUCGUCUCCAACACCCCCCACCUGGACUUCCUCAACCUGAGCAUGAACCCUCUGAGCGGCGCCAAGCUGGAGCCCAGCAUGGCCGAGAUCUUCUUCAGGGUCCGACACCUUGUCCUGAUCAACACAAACGUCAGCUGGGACACCGUGCACACGCUCACACAACACACACCAGAGCUGGAGGAGCUUUUCCUGUGCCUGAACGGCUACAACACCGUGUCAGAAUCCCAGGCGUCCUGUCCAUCGCUACGUCUGCUGCAGAUCACAGACAAUCAGCUGCAGGCCUGGACGGAGGUGAGGAAGUUUGGUCCGAUGUACCCGUGUCUGACGAAGCUGGUGCUGGCCAAUAACAGCGUGGAAUCUGUGGGGGACACUCAGGAAACACUGCAGCGCCUGUUCCCCAACCUGCGCAGCAUCAACCUCAACAACUCAGGGCUUAGUGAAUGGGAGGACAUUGAGAGGCUGAAUUUCUUCCCUAAGCUGGAGGAAGUCAAAGCGAUGGGGAUUCCUUUACUGCAGCCGUACACAACGCAAGAGAGACGCAGCCUCGUCUUAGCACAGCUGCCAUCUGUAGUGGUGUUGAACGGGGGUUCGGUGUCUAACGGAGAGAGGGAGGACGCUGAGAGGUUCUUCAUCAGGUUCUACCAGGACUGUCCCAAAGAGGAGCUUCCCGAGAGGUACCACAUCCUCGUAUCCAAGUACGGUCAGCUGGCCCCACUGGCAGAGGUGGACCUGAGCCCCUCCUGCACCGUGGUGGAUGUCCGCUGGGGGGAGAGGGUGGAGACGGUCAGCCUCCACCUGGAGCAGACAGUCGGCGACUUGAGGAAGCACCUCAGAGCGGUGCUGCAGCUGCCCACCAAUGGGAUCAGGCUCUUCUACAUCAAGCGGGAGAUGUUGGGACAGGAGGAGUUGAAGUGGGGCCGCCGGGCGCUCCACUCCUACCGCAUCCAAGACGGAGACGAGAUUCUAGUCGUGCCCAAAGUGGAAAGCCGCUGCAGCUCCUCAGAUUGAGUCCGGUUUUCAAAUGAGUAGGACUUUGUGGGUUUUGGGUAAUAGACACUUCCUGGAUACUAAGCUUCGACUUGAGCCUUUUUGGUUGGUUGAUAUUUUUCAGCGUUGAAUGUAAAGAUGUUUGCUGUCCACCACGAUGGACGAGUUCAUACAGUCAUAUAUUUGCACAGACAGUAGGAGUUCCAUGUUCACACAGUGUGUAGCUUUACAGCAGUAAACAUCUCAUUUAUCACAAACAUUAUACAAAAGCCUCGGUUUUCUAAAAGAAACCACAGCUGCCAAAAUGACAAAUUAACGCACAAUUGCACAUUCAUUUUGAAAGUAAAACCACUUUAUAACCUUAUAAUUGGUGUUUGUCCAGUUAGGAUUUAAUCCCCCCCCCCCCACGUUUUAUCACCUGAUCAUUGAUGAAAAUAUUGUGUUAUAGAAUAUGGAGUUCCCAGAGUUCCCUUUCACACAUUUUAAUAAUUAUUUGUGUUGAGGAAAAUGUUGACAUUUUUUUUGUUGUUGUUUAAAAGAAAGAUGUAUGCUACAAAGUUGGAUUUUAAAAACAUCAGUUGCUGCGUUCCGUAGUUUCACCGUUUGCCGAGUUUUUCUGCACCGUCAUCGGCAACUCGUGUUUUCUAUUAGGUUUUUUGUAGGUUUGAAGAUUUAGCCGGUUUACUGCGAACUCUGAAAAAUCAUUUUUGAAUAUAUCUGCUCUUUAAAACACCAGAAAACGACAAAGCCUGCGGACUGCGUCUCCAUGUGAACUUUCAAGAUGAGGAUGUUGUUAUGGCCAAGAAUCUGUGAAUAGGGUUCAGUUCACAUUACAGACUAUUAUGUCAGCAAGAAAAAUAAUUUUAUACAUUUUAUUUUCAUGCAAGGCUCAGAACAAGAGGCUGUGUUUUAUUUCUAACCUUUAAUCAAGCGGAGUAUCUCAUGAGAAUGUUGUUUUUGAGAAUUUGAGUUAAGUAAUUCAAAUAAAACUCUGCUGUGGGUAAAUAUCCUGGUAUAACCUCCGAGCUGAUGCAGAACGUUGGGGAUAACGUGGAGCUGCUGCCGCUCAGUGAGGGCACCCUGGCAGAAGGUCGGGGUCUUGGGUCCGGGACAGAGAAACAGAAGGAGCGGUGACGCUCAGGUUACCGCUCAGGUCUUCUGGCUCUUCUGUCCAGCCCAUGAAUGGAGCGGCUCUCUGUCCCAGCAGCUGAGAAACGUUGAGGCCCCGUCGGUAUGGUAACCACACACCGGCCACUGUGUCACGGACACUUCCGCCGUAUUUAGGUUAGAAUGGGUUCAACCAACAGGCUCUUGACCCUCGGCCGUUCACCUCACUGUGUCCUUCACGUCCGCCCCACAAACCUGACACUCGCUGUCUCACAGGAGGUGAGCUUGUGAACUUCUUCGUCACCGGCCUUUUUAGCUUUAUUGACUCAUGAACAUCGUUACACCGCACGGAAUACAGGCAAAACAUACAAUAUUACUAGAAGGUUACUCAGUAGAGCUCAUACCUCCGCCAAGACCCAACAGUCCCCUAAAUAUGAGAAGAAAUCAUUAGUUUUGUCAUAAUUGUGUUGACGAACAAACAAAUAGACAGGGGAGGAAACAUAACCUGCAUGGCUGAGGUAAUAACAGUAAAAAAAAUAUGUAGAUAAACCCCUCACCCCCUGUGCUGCAUGAUGAAAGUGCAGUAAAGCUGGUUAUCAUCACGACUCAGCUGACUGCUGUUGUGUUUGCUGUAUUUGCUCGACUGCAGAUGUGUGAUGUACCACAGCUCUGACGGUUGCUCGUCAUUAUCACCUCUUGAGCCUGUUUGAAAUGUGUUCUCCUGAGCUUGUGGCCAAAGUAGGCAGUGAACGGUGGAAACAAAAAAAUAAACAUUUACAGUGGCUGUAAGUAGAUCAAACCACUUUCCAGUUCACUGAACCUGCACAACCUCACCCAGCCCGCCGGGACUCGAUGUACAUGAAAACACAAAUCGAGUUUUAGACCAAGAAAUUCAAAUUACAAAUACUGACAAACCCCUGAGCUCUUUUCUAGAGGGUUGUAUGUCUCAAACAUCUGGUUUCCUCCCUCAGUCCAAUGUCGGACAGGUCUGGUUGAUCCGAGGUUCUAGAUGAAGUGUAUACUGAAGGUGUUUUCGUGCAUGCAGAGAUGUGUUCUAGCAACGACCUGGAUGUGCGUAGCUCAAACUUGACUGUGAGCUUCAACUGCGUUUGUUCAUGUGAAUUGUCGUGAAGCUUUAAAUGCCGGCGUUUAUGUUUAGAGGCCACGAAGGUGCCAGGAUGAAAUCUUUCUGUCCAGAUGAAGCAAGUGUUUUGCCUCGUGUCAAAACCACGUGAAAAUAUGUUGAAAUGCUGUGUCGGCCUGAAAGUGCUGUCGCUAUCACUCCUCUAACAGACUUUCUUGGUGUAGUAGAUAACUGGAGAUCUCUUCUGGGUGUUUUCUGACUCACUUGUACGAUACUAUAUUAUGACAGAGUGGAUACAUGGGAAAUUAUGGGAUUGUUUUGCAUGUUCUUAUAUUUCCUGAUAUACGGUAUUUGAUUUAAAUUGUGUGUGAGAUGCGUCCUUUCAGGGAAACAAGUUGUUAAUGGGCAUUAUUUGUGAUUUUGACAUUUUUUAAAUAUCUGUGCUUCUCAUCCUCAGCUUUAUUCCUCGUUAAUACCAAAUACAAAUAUUAUUGCGCGUGAAAAAGACUAUAAAAUAAUUGCUGGGUUUGUGCUGUUUAGUACAUGGUGUUUAAUUUAUGUCACGUUUUCAUUCUGUAGUUUGUGUAUCUUUCUUGAGAUUAUAUGGCCGUUUCUUCACCUGUACUGUGUCCUGGUGAUUUCACUUCUCCUAAAAUAAUAAAUAUUACAGUUCACAA